AUGCCCACAGGCAGGCUGGAUCAGGUGUCUCUCCUGAAGGCUCGAUGCAGACACUUAGAGGGGCAGCUGGAAGCCACGGGUAAAGAGAAUCUGGCUCCUUUAGUUCCGGACAACACACACCUCCAGAACCAGGGACUAAAGCAAGGUGUUCUGCUCUCAGAGAAUGGUGCCGACCCCUCAGCUCUGGACAGGCAGGAGGUCAGAGUGGCACAUAUUGAGUCUGCUCUCGCCAAACUAAUGAAACAGACUGCGCUGGUACGAGAGCUCCAGGAGGAGAACCUUUGUUUGAAGCGGCAGCAGACCUCAGGUCAGAUGUCUGGCGGCCCUUUAGAAGAUGUGCAGGGUACUGAAAACAAACUUCCUGUCCUGCACAGCAGACUGAAGCAGGCUGCAUCCUGUAUCGCCCGGCUGAGCAGAGACAAGCAGCAGCUGAUAGAGAUGGGGAACCGCCUCCGGGCCCAGAUGACCACCGCUGGACCACAGGAAUCAGUGGAGCCGGAGCGGGACUCUUUCACAGAGAACCAAGGAGAGCAUCAUGACCGGCUGUCUGCUCUGGAACAGCUCCAGUACCAGCUCACCACACAGGAGCUGCAGUAUGCACUGAGACAGCAACACCUUCCACCUUCCACACACCGAGGGCCCUCCACUGAAGGGGCUGCUAACCCUCGGUCCCAGGGUCACACACCCUCAGAAACACCUGAGAGCUCAAAGACCAAAGAGAAGACAGUGAUCCAGUCUCAGGGCUCCAUGCAGCUCUCAGGUGUGUCCAGGUCUCUGCUGUCCUCAGAGGACUCCCUGCAGUCCUUAAAGGAGCUGUGGGAGAAACUGGACCAUGGAUUCAGUUCAUCAAUGUUAUCAGAAGGUGAGGCGGAGCUGAGCAGGAGGAAGGCGCAUGAGUCUGGAGUGGCGGGAGCUGAUGGUGGUGCUGGGGUCCAGAUGACGGUGGAGGGUACCCGGGCUCCCGUCCAUAGUCGGCUCGCUACUGAGGUCCAGCAGAAGAGGAUCCCUUCUAAAACACCAUCGAACAAGAGGAUGUGCAAGAUCAGAAACUACAAUGUGAAAAGUUGACACACCCAAAAGGGACAAUCUGUCAGUAAACUUCUCAUGGGGAGUCCCACUGAUACUUUUAUAUAUACUAUGGCUCUUGAGGAGCUUUGUCAAGGUUAAGAAAUUAAACCUGAUUAUGUCUUAGAUUACAAUUUAGGAGCUUUUUUUAAGGCUCCUUCCAGCAUCAGAGCUCACAUGGCUGACCAGUUAAGGGACCACAGUUCAAAUGAACAUAAUAGGUUUUAAGUGUAUGUCUAUUAUCCUCAACAUUUUAUUUUCGAAAUAACGUUUUGUCAGUAGUCUCCUUUGGGCGACUGUGGCUCAGGAAGUAGAGUGAUCCCACACCGAUCAGGAAAGGGUUGGAAAAUACAACCUUUUUCCCAGAAUGCAUUAUUUUAUGUUGGGUCUUUAGAGUAAAAUACCCUUUUCUUACUUGAUGUGAUUUCUCAGAAAUACAACUCCUAUUUACAGUCACUCUCCUCUUGCAGAAAUAGUAGGGGGUUAAUUGUUUUCUGCCACUCCAACAUCACAAAGUGUCCUUGGGCAGGAUUCUAAACCCAAAAUUGCCCCUGUAGGCAUGUCAAGCAGUGUGUUUUAUAUCUGUAAAAGUAUUUUUAAGUCACUUUGAAUAAAGCGUGAAAUAAUAUUGGCUUUGAAAUACAUUACUAU